AAUGCUGAUCACAUAUCACUACUGAGAAUGCAUGGUAGCGGCAUCAUCUCCCCAACUGUGGAUGGUAAUGGUUUUGUAAAACGACCAUCUAGUCAUGUUCUUCACCGACUAUGCAACGAUCAUUUGACACCGGUGCGGCAAUUGUACACAGCCAUGAAGCUAAGUGAUGUGCAGGGACGUUCAUUGUCUAUGUAUUUUACUACAGGCACGUGUGAAGGAGGUCAUAGUCAAGAGUAAUUUCAAUUUGGGAAAGCGGCUUUCACAUCAUACUCAAAGUGAACUGCAGGCACUUGAAGCACUGGUCGAAGACAAGGUCCCUGACUUUGCCAGUCACCUUAUAGAGCGCCGGGAACGCCGAUGUGCUCGGCAUCCAACAGCGAUGACUAGAGAACCUUCCCAGCGGGGGACGGACAAUGGAUUGAUGGAUUCGGGAAGAAAGGGCGGCGUCUGUUCGCAAAGGAGGGGUAAUGCAUUGAUGCUACAACAGCCCCGUCAAGAUCACUACAAGCUCCGUGACUUUCUUGAUGAACAUCAAAAAACUCACCUUUUGUUUGCAUUGAUGAAGGCCGGAUUAGCAGAUGAUGCCGACUUUGAGGCUUUCAUUUCUAUGCCUCAGAUGUUAAGAAGUGCAUUUUUGACUGCUGCUUUGGAAGCCACACCACACGAGGUUGCCGCAGUUCAAAUAGCAGCUAUGCAAUAUCAAGCAUUACGGGGUAGGAAUUAGGGAACUGAUCCAAGCUAACCCAAAUGUAUAGUAAUUCUUUUCGGAUA